GUGUGUCUUCGGAUCUAGUCGAAGCGAUAUCAAUAGUCGUGGAUAAAAAACCGGAAUACAACAAAAUAAUAAAGUGGCAAUCAGAUAUAAUAUCCUAUCGCAAUUAAGGACUUUUAAGGAUACACACUCAGUGGAAUACACUUACUCAUACUCACAAAGGAAUAUUAUAUUAAAUCUGAAACUAAUCCGACCCUGAAUAGCUGGCAACAAAACAGAAACAAAAUGGGCAGUAAGAAGAAGACCGAACGAUCAAAGGCACAAAACAAUGAUGCUGCUGCCAGUGCCGGGGGUGAAAUAGUCAUAUCAGGACUAUCUGGAAAACUGCCGGAAAGCAGCAACAUAGAAGAGUUCAAGCAGAACUUACUCAACGGUAUUGAUAUGGUUACAGAUGAUUCCAGACGUUGGGAGGCAGGCAUAUAUGGAUUACCAGAGCGCAUGGCCAAACUGCGUGACGAGGAUCUGGAGAAAUUUGAUGAUACAUUUUUUAGCGUUCACCAGAAGCAGGCGGAACUAAUGGAUCCUUGUAUGCGAAUACUAUUGGAGCUGACACACGAGGCGAUCGUUGAUGCGGGAAUCAAUCCAAAUGAAUUACGGGGUAGCCGUACCGGUGUCUAUAUAGGUCUCUCCUUUGUGGAGACGGAACACGAGAUACCGAACAUGGAGCCGAGCAGUAUCAAUGGCUACUGCUUGACUGGCUGUGCCCGGGCCAUGUUUGCCAAUCGAAUCUCCUACAACUUCGACUUUAAGGGUCCCAGUUUCAUCGUGGACACUGCCUGCUCCAGCUCCCUUAUGGCCCUAUCGCACGCCUACACAGAUUUGCAAUCGGGUCGCACCGACUAUGCCAUCGUCGCUGGUGUCAAUCUCAUACUGAAGCCGAUCUUUGCAUUGCAGUUCCUGCGCCUGGGCAUUGUCAGUCAAGACGGUUCCUGCAAGACCUUUGAUGCGUCGGCUAAUGGCUAUGCACGUGCGGACACCUGUGCCGUCAUAUUUCUGCAAAGGAGUGAGCAGGCGAAGCGCAUCUAUGCCACGAUACUCAACGUGCGAACCAAUACGGAUGGGUUCAAGGAGCAGGGUGUCACCUUUCCCGAUGGUCGCAUGCAGCAUCAGCUGCUGCGAGAGGCGUAUAGUGAGAUCGGUCUUAGUCCCGAUGAUGUCGUGUAUGUCGAGGCGCAUGGCAGUGGUACUCCGGUUGGCGACGAUCAGGAGGCCAAUAUGUUAGGCAACUUCUUUUGCCAUCCAGCUAGACCCAAUCCUCUGCUAAUUGGAUCAGUGAAAUCGAAUAUGGGCCACGCGGAGCCCGCAUCUGGAGUGAGUGCGCUAGCGAAAAUGAUUAUCGCCAUGGAAGAGGGCAUUAUACCUAGAAAUUUGCACUAUCGAACACCAAAUCCCGCUGUGCCAGCUCUAGUUGAGGGUCGACUCAAGGUCGUGGAUCGUAAUCUACCCUGGCAGGGUGGCAUUGUGGGUCUAAACUCCUUUGGCUUUGGUGGGGCCAAUGUUCACGUUAUCCUCAAAUCACACGAAAAGAAAAAGAAACUGCCGAAAAAACCAACAAAGGAUCUCUCAUUAAAACUAGUUAUUUGCUCGGGUCGCACAGAGAACGCCGUACAGCAACUCUUGGAGGCAGCCACGAAGCAUCGCAACGAUAAUGAAUUCUUGGCACUCAUCAAUGACAUUCAUUCGCAGCCGAUUCCAAUGCAUCCGUAUCGCGGUUUUGCCGUCCUGGGAUCCACAGGUGCCGUCAAACAGGAGAUACUGCCCUAUGAAGAGGAACGACGACCAAUUUGGUUUGUCUUCGCUGGCAUGGGUAGUCAGUGGCCCUGCAUGGCCAAGGAUCUGAUGCAGCUGGAGGUCUUUAACAAGUCAAUACAACAUUGUGCCGAGGUGCUGGCUCGAAUGGACUUUGAUCUGAUUGAUGUGCUAACAAGGUCUACGGAGAAGACAUUUGACAACAUCCUCAACUCCUUUGUAUCAAUAUCUGCUGUCCAGGUUGCAUUGACGGACUUACUCCGAACACUGAACAUUGAGCCAGAUGGCAUCAUUGGGCACUCGGCCGGUGAACUCGGCGCCGCCUACAUGGAUGGCUGCCUAACAGCCGAGCAGGUGGUGCUAGCGGCUUAUUGGCGCAGCAGAAGCGUCCUUGAAACGCCUGGACUGCCUCAUGGCUCAAUGGCAGCAGUGGGUCUGAGCUGGGAUGAGAUUGGACAACAUCUGCCACCAGAUUGUUAUCCCGUUUGCCAUAACAGCGAUGAUAACUGCACAGUUUCCGGGCCCGUGGCUUCCAUGGAUGCAAUGAUGGCGAAGCUUAAAGCAGCGGGAGUUUUCGUUAAAGAAGUCGUCUCGGGUGGUUUUGCCUUCCACAGCAGAUAUGUAGCAGAUGCUGCUCCAAUGUUGCGCAAGAAUCUAGAGCGAUUGAUCACUGAGCCAAAGCAGCGAUCUCAACGCUGGCUGAGUUCCAGCGUACCGGAGCGAGAUUGGCAGACUCCUUCCUGUAGAAUGGCCUCGGCGGCGUAUUUUAUCAACAAUCUGAUAUCACCUGUACUCUUCAAUGAAGCUUUACGCCAUAUUCCACAUAAUGCCGUGAUUGUGGAGAUUGCUCCCCACGGACUCUUCCGGGCCAUUCUACGUUCGCUAACGCCAAAAGUCACCUAUGUGAGCCUUAUCCAACGGGGUCACGCAAACAAUGCCGAGUUUCUUUUGAGUCAGAUCGGACAGCUGUAUGCAGCUGGUGGCCAGCCACAGCUGUCGCGAAUGUCUCCUUCGGCAGCAGUUAGAUAUCCUGUCUCUAGAGGCACGCCCAUGUUGAACUCACUUAUCAAAUGGGAUCACACCCAGAAAUGGAGCUAUCCGAAAUUCCACGGCGGACGACAAGCAAACCAGCUAAAUAUUAAUAUCGAUCUGAGUAAGGAAGAGAACGCUUUCUUGGCUGGCCAUACAAUCGAUGGAAGAAUCCUCUUCCCGGCAACAGGCUACUUGACAGUGGCUUGGAUGAUGCUGGCCCAACAAAAUGGCAACGACUAUCAGCGUACUCCUGUCGUCUUUGAGGACGUCGUCUUCCAUCGCGCCACCAUCCUCGGAAUUGAUGCGAACUCAGCGGUCAAAUUGUCGAUUAACUGCUGUCAGGGCAACAACACCUUUGAGAUUUGUGAAGGUAGCAGUCUGGUGGUAUCGGGCAAGCUUCGUUUAGUCACAAACGUACAGCAGGAACAGGUGGAUGUCGCCGGACUGCCCGGUAGUGCCGGCGUCACCAAACUCUACACCAAGGAUGUCUAUAAGGAGUUACGCUUGCGUGGCUAUGAAUAUACCGGAAUCUUUCAGGGCAUUCUCGAUGUCGACAUUGCAGCUGUAACGGGUCGACUUCAGUGGAUGGAUAAUUGGAUCAGCUUCAUGGACACCAUGUUGCAGUUCCGCAUACUCGGCAACAACAUUCGCGAGCUGUACCUACCCACGGCAAUUCAACGUGUCGUUAUCGAUCCGCUCAAGCAUCUGGAGCUGCUCAAACAGCAUCAGCAAAAGCUUCCAGUCUACUGGCAUGCCAACAUAUCGGUUAUUAAAUGCGGUGGUGUCGAAAUACACAGUAUGAAGACGGCUCAGACCCAACGUCGCCCGGGCGGACAGAAUGCACCGAUUCUGGAGCGCUACAGCUUCACUCCUCAUAUUCAACACACCAUUCCUCGUGGAGAUCAGGAGCGAGCGAAGAGUAUGGCCCUAACUGUGGCCAUGCAGCUCAUCACUGAGAACAGCGGUGGCGCAAUUAAAAUCAAAGGAGUUGAGAUCGCUGCCACACGCAACACAACAGAUACCCUUAAUGCUGUCAAGCUACUCGAACUUAUCGAACGUGAACCAAUUAUGGUAGCUGAUAUGUGCGUUGCAACAAGCAGUAACACCAAUGAGUCGGAACUUGCAACAUUGCUGCAAGACACGGGAGUUCGGGUGAUUGUCGGGGAUCUAGCCAAAGCAGCUGUGGAACAGCAAUGUGACUUUCUACAUGCAAUUAAUCUGCUCUCGACCGAACCAACAUUAAUCGACCUUCAACUUCAAAAUGGCAUAGAGUCAAUCAAAAAAGAGAGUGGUUUUCUGCUGUUGGAGGAGAGUGCCAGUGCUUAUAAGACCACAGGACGGGCACAGUUGCAACGUCUGCAACUAUUGCCAGUUCUAGAACAAGUCUAUGAUAGUGAUCGUAUGCUGAUCCUAGCUAGAAGGUCAAUCGAUAAAAACAUUUCCACUUCGCUGGUGGUGCGCGUGACCAAUGAACAUUUCAAAUGGAUCGUUGAUCUUAAAACGGCGCUAGUCAAAUCACAAGCAGAUCAGAAGAACGUCUAUUUGGUGGCACAAGGAGAACCGAGCACUGGAGCACUUGGUUUUAUAAACUGUUUAAAGAGAGAGCAGUUCGGCAAUCGGGUUCGACUUUAUUUGCUGCAGGAUCAGGGAUUACCUGCAUUCUCUCUGACAGAUGCCUUCUAUGCCAAUCAGUUGGCCAAAGACAUGUCUAUCAAUGUCUACCGAAAUGGGAAUUGGGGCAGCUACAGACACUUGCCACUGGAUGCACACCAGCAACUGCUAACUGUGGAGCAAGCGUAUGUGAAUACACUUGUCAAGGGUGAUCUCUCCUCGCUGAAAUGGAUCGAAUGUCCGCACAGCGUAAAUGUCGAUCAAAACAAAUGGGAGCCCAGCACUGUGUACUAUGCACCCCUGAACUUUCGAGAUGUGAUGUUGGCAUCUGGCAAACUGGGCGUAGAUGCAUUGCCCGGCGACUUGGCGUAUCAGGAUUGCGUUUUGGGUCUGGAGUUUGCCGGUCGCGACUCACAAGGUCGCCGCAUCAUGGCACUGGUGUCUGCCAAGUCAUUGGCAACCAACUGCCUUGCCAACAAGAAUCUACUUUGGGAUAUACCCGAUAAGUGGUCCAUGGAAGAGGCCUCAACGGUGCCCUGUGUCUAUGCGACCGUCUACUAUGCCCUCCUUGUGCGUGGACAGAUGAAGAAGGGUGAACGCAUCCUCAUCCAUGCUGGUUCAGGUGGUGUGGGCCAAGCAGCCAUUUCGGUCGCUCUCCAUCAUGGACUGACUGUCUUCACGACGGUCGGCAGCAAGGAGAAACGGGAGUUCCUGCUGAAGCGUUUCCCCAAGUUGCAGGCACGCAACAUUGGCAAUUCACGUGACACAUCCUUUGAGCAGCUGAUCAUGCGCGAGACAAAUGGUCACGGUGUUGAUCUGGUAUUGAACUCACUCUCUGAGGAGAAACUGCAAGCAUCCAUCCGCUGCUUGGGUUUGGACGGACGCUUCUUGGAGAUUGGCAAAUUCGAUUUGAGCAACAAUAGUCCCCUGGGUAUGUCUGUCUUCUUGAAGAACACCUCCUUCCACGGCAUUCUGCUGGACAGUGUUAUGGAAGGUGAGGUGGAGAUGCAGAAGCGUAUCGUCUCGCUGGUAUCGGAGGGAAUUAAGUCGGGUGCCGUGAUUCCACUGCCCACCACUGUCUACGCUGACCAGGAAAUUGAGAAGGCCUUCCGGUUUAUGGCAUCGGGCAAACACAUCGGCAAGGUGAUCAUCAAGGUGCGCAACGAGGAGGAACAAUCCGCCGUACCCAAACAGCGUUUGAUCAACGCCAUUCCACGUACCUACAUGCAUCCCGAGAAGAGUUACAUUGUCGUCGGUGGUUUGGGUGGCUUCGGCCUGGAGCUGACCAACUGGCUGGUGAAUCGCGGGGCACGCCACAUUGUUUUAAACACACAUUCCGGGCUAAAGACCGGCUAUCAAGCCCUCAUGAUCCGACGGUGGAGCGAGCGUGGAGUUCAAGUCGUGAUUGACAUCAACGAUGUCACCUCCGCUGUCGGCUGCAGGAAUAUGCUGGAGAGCAGCAACAAGUUGGGACUGGUUGGAGGUAUCUUUAAUCUAGCCGCUGUACUUCGAGAUGGUGACUUUGAGGACCAAACUAUGAAAAACUUUGAGUUAGUCACAGCGCCUAAGACAAAAGCCACCAUGCAUCUGGAUCAAUGUUCGCGCAGCAUGUGCCCAGUUCUGGAACACUUCAUAUGCUUCUCCAGCUUGGCCGCGGGUCGCGGUAAUCCCGGCCAGACAAACUACGCUCUGGCCAACUCAAGCAUGGAGCGCAUCUGCGAGCAGCGGCAAGCAGAAGGUUAUCCUGGCAUAGCUAUACAAUGGGGUGCUAUUGGUGACACUGGGCUCAUUAUCGAGCACAUGGGUGUGACUAACAAUAACACUGCGAUUGGUGGAACUCUGCCACAGCGGAUGACCAGCUGCCUGCAGACAUUGGAUACGUUCAUGCAACAGCCGCAUCCUGUCCUCGCAUCGAUGGUGCUGGCCGAGAAGCGCAAAUCGGAGCAUUCAAAUCGCCAGAGUCUCAUUUCUGCCAUAGCGAACAUAAUGGGAUUACGGGAUGUAAAUAACAUACAGGAUAAGACGACACUCUUUGACUUGGGCAUGGACUCCCUGAUGAGCACGGAAAUCAAGCAGACACUAGAGCGCAACUACGAUAUGGUGCUGUCAGCACAAGACAUUCGACAGCUAACAUUUACUGCUCUGAAGCAAAUCGAUAGCAAAGAAGUCCAAGGUAAGGCCGCAAGCUCAGAUGCAGUUACUCCAAAGACAGCAUCAACGUCGUCCGCUGCCAAUCAAGCCGGUCGGACGAACAUUGCCCAAACGGAUGAAACUCGCAAGGUAUUCGCAAAGGAAGUAUUACCCCAGGACGUACUUGUGCAUCUGCAUUCCAUGGCAAUGAAGACGGGCAAUGAACCAGCCGUGUUCUUCGUUGCUCCGAUCGAAGGCUUCACAAUAGCCAUCGAAACUCUGGCCGCCUCCCUCACCUGCCCGGCCUAUGGGCUGCAGUGGACAGAAGAAGUGCCCCUCGACUCAAUUGAAGCCUGCACCGCCUACUAUCUGCAACAGAUACAGCAGCUGCAGCCACGUGGCCCCUACAACAUUGUGGGUUAUUCCUACGGUUGCCUGCUGGCCCAUGCUAUUGGCGUGGCGCUGGAACAGCGUCGAUUUGGCGUCAAAGUCAUUAUGCUGGACGGUGCACCCACAAUGGCCAGUGGCUACGUGCAGGAGGCCAAAAAGCAGACUGACGACUUGAACCGCCAGCAAUCGAUGACACUGGCCUACUUUGGUGCACUACUCGCAGAUGUGGACUACAAUCAGCUUCUGCAAUUGCUUGAGGGCGUCAAGACGUGGCCCUUGAAGCUGGAUAAGCUGGCGGAUACUUUGGCAUCGCACACUCAACAAACCAAGGAAGUGAUCAAAAAAGCCGCCUGCAUGUUCAAACAGAAGCUAUUGCUCUCGGAGAGCUACAAGGGAGCGAAGCAACUAAAUAGCGAUGUGGUGCUCAUUAAAUCGGCGGAGCACAAUGCAAUCAUGUCGCAAGAUGACUACGGUCUCAAGGAGAUUUGCAGCGCCCAGAUCGAUAUGCACGUUGUGGCAGGCACCCAUCGAACAUUCCUCAAGGAAGCCCAAACGUUACAGAUCAUCGAGCGGGUUUUACAAAAAGAGUCCGCUUAAUUGCUUCAUUUAUUUUGUAGACAUAGUUUUACCGUUUACUGCGCACACGUCGAUUACAUACACAACUAAUACUAAUAACUUUUAAUUGUACAUUUAAGCGUUUAACAAGUUUACUUUGUUGUAAAUAUUAAAUUAAUUUCUUUAUGUUCUUAACUCGUGUUCGUCUGAGGAUUCAGUGUCAGAUAAGACCAUAGUCCAAUUUUCCUCACUGAUCCUUAAUAAAUUCUAAAUCGUUUCAGA